GGGAGGAGGCGACCCGCAGGGCACCGCGCACACCGCACAGCUGCCGCUCCUGCUGUCUGCGUGGCGAUGGGCGCGGCCCGCGUCCCUCCCGCCGCCUUCCAGCCCCGAGAGCUCACCAGAGACCUGGAGACCACGCGCGUUCCAGCCACAGCCGAGGACUCGGCGCUUCUCAGUGGCCGGGGACCCCGCGAGGGCCCGGCGUGGGAGUGCUUGGAGCUCUGACUGCCCUCUGGUGGUGAACCGGUGUCAACACAUUGUAUGACCUGAGAUGCCCACUCUUGAUCACGUGGUACCCCAUUGGCCGCAAGGGGCCAGCAGAAGACUGGUGUUAACAUAUGACUGAUGAAGAAGUCUAAUGAAACAGCCCUUCACUUCUACUUGAAUACCCCUUUACCCUGGAUUUGGAGUCUGGAGGCAGCUCUGAGAUGGGGCCCCUGAAGGACGACUUCAGUUCUUCCUGCAUCCUUGCCAAGUAGCCAAGACUUAAUAGGUGCCUGUAGAGGGAGCAUGCGGUGACAUGGAGCCGGAAAUCAACUGCUCUGAAUUUUGUGAUAGUUUUCCUGACCAGGAGCUGGAUCGGAGACCUCUUCAUGAUCUUUGCAAGACGACCAUUACUGAUUCACAACACAGCGGUACAGACGCCUCUCCACUGUCUCCCGCCCUCUUGGGCGUUGUUUGGACUUUUCUCAGCUGUGGACUACUUCUGGUGCUUUUCUUUCUUGCUUUCACAAUUCGCUGUAGGAAGAACAGGAUUGUGAAGAUGUCCAGCCCCAAUCUGAACAUUGUGACCUUACUGGGCAGUUGUCUGACUUACAGCAGCGCUUACCUUUUUGGGAUUCAAGAUGCUUUUGUGGGGAGUUCCAUGGAAGUGCUCAUUCAGAUAAGACUGUCCAUGCUGUGCAUUGGGACAUCCCUUGUGUUCGGCCCUAUCCUGGGGAAGAGCUGGCGACUCUACAAGGUGUUUACCCAGAGGGUCCCGGACAAGAGAGUGAUUAUCAAAGACCUGCAGUUGCUGGGGCUGGUGGCAGCCCUGGUGGUAGCUGAUGUAAUCCUGCUUGUGACGUGGGUGUUGACGGAUCCCAUCCAGUGUCUCCAGAUCCUUGGUGUCAGCAUGAAGGUGACAGGGAGAGAUGUGUCCUGCUCUUUGACCAACACACACUUCUGUGCUUCGAGGUACUCUGAUGUCUGGAUUGCUCUGGUUUGGGGAUGCAAGGGGCUGCUGCUGCUGUAUGGUGCUUACCUGGCUGGCCUGACCAACCAUGUCAGCUCUCCUCCGGUGAAUCAGUCCUUGACCAUCAUGGUCGGAGUCAACCUCCUGCUGCUCAGCGCUGGGUUAAUUUUCCUGCUCACCAAAUACUUGCACUCCUGGUCCAAUCUAGUCUUUGGAGUCACAUCUGGAGGGAUCUUCGUUUGCACAACCACGGUAAACUGCUGCGUGUUCCUUCCCCAGCUGAAGCAAUGGAAGGCAUUUGAAGGAGAAAACCAAACAGUCAGACGCAUGGCCAAAUAUUUCAGCACCCCUAGCAAAAGCUUCCACAGCCAGUUUGAUGAGGACCAGAGCUGCCACUUGAGGAACGAGAAGAGCUGCAUGGAGAGGCUCCUCACAGAAAAAAAUGCAGUAAUUGAAAGCCUGCAGGAACAAGUCAACAACGCCAAGGAGAAGCUAGUGAAGCUGAUGUCUUCCGAGUGGGCUGUCCCAGCUGCAGCCUCUGCGCAUGGGCUGGCAGCUCAGGGACCUUCGGAACACCCUGCUGCUUCUGAAAAUUCUAUUGAUGCAGCUGCCCAGGACUCCCUACAUGCCUCAGUAGCCUCCCAACACAUGCAAAACCCUGGGGCAUCUAAAAGGGACACUAGUCCCUCCCCAGACCAAAAGGACAACAAAAGGAAACAGUUUUGUGACCAUUUGGACAUGGGUUGCAGCCGGAAGCCAUGGGUUGAACAAAGUGAGGGUUCAGAAAGAGGAGACCAGGGACCCAUGGCCACCAACCAGAGUUUCAUGCCAGAUGGAGUAGGCUGUGAACCGCAUAGGCCCAAGAAGAUCUCAGAUGAACUUCCAGAGAGGCCACCUCGGGUCACUUCAGUGGUCAGAGAGAAGCUUCAGGAAGUCCUACAAGAGCUGAACCUGGGCCCCGAGGCUCCCCUUUCCCCACUACCUUGUUCCCCACAGCUUUGGAAGAGCGCCACUUUCCGCAGUCCCCAGAAGCUGUCCCCAUCUAAACUGGGUUUCAGCCCAUUUGUGGUGAGAAGACGGGCAGCCCAGCGGGCUCGCUCCCACUUCCCUGCCUCUGUGGCCCUCAAUACCCGGCAUCAGGCAAAUAGGACUGUUUCUGGUGCGCAAAGCGGGCUGGCUGUGCAGAGCCGGAACAGCCCCAAGCUGGACCACCAAAAUGCAAGGUCCAAGGUACCAAGGUCGUCUUCUGUAAAACCAUUAGCACUCUCAGAUCCUCACCGGAGACCGAGUACACUAGAGGGCAACAAACGAUGCCAGACAGAACCUCAGGGGGCCGGAGGAUGCGAUGUAAGCGGUCCUUGCCAACCUUCUGCUUCUGCCCUGGCACAAAGUCUCACUGCCCCAUGCCUACCGUCUUCACCAGGUCUGCCCAAGCAGCGUCAGCCUCAACCCUUCGUGUCCCCUGACUGUCCUUCCUUGUCUUCUGGGUGCUACAACCUUGACAGUGGGUCUAGCAGUUCAGAUGAAUUUUUCUGCCGCUGCCAUCGGCCCUACUGUGAAAUCUGCUUCCAGAGUUCUUUGGACUCCAGUGACAGUGACACAUCAGACAGUGACCUUGAGCAAACUUCAGAACUAGCUUCCUGGGAAAGGCUGUGGGCCCGCUCCAAGCCUGUUGUGAACUUCAAAGAUGACUUGAAGCCCACACUAGUGUGAGAAGCAGCAAUGUGGGGCUGGCCAGAGAGGUCCAGUCUGGCGUACACAGAAACAGGGAUCAUGGGGGGAGAGCCAGAUAGCUGUCUUUGACCAGCACCGUGCCUUGACCAGCCUCGGCUCUGUUUCUGCUGUGUUCAUUCUUACUUUGAUCUCUGAGCAGAAGGGCACUGCCCGACCGGCUACUACCUCAGCAUUACUGUGAGGAACUUUGGGGAGGGACUGUAGAAGUCCUUAAACUGUAGGUGCUAAAUGAUCACAUAAAGCUGUCCAUUCAGCUCAGCCUGGAUUCUAUGAGACUGUGGGUGUAUACCAAGUGGCUAGCUGGCUAGCUGGACAGUAAGAUGGGAGUAGGUUGGGAGAUUUCUGCAGAACCACUGUGACCUACCAAACUAGACUUCCGGUGAACAGACAGGUAGAUAAGCCUACACCAUUAUCCCUCCAACUCACAGGGAGGGUGACUUGCUGCCUGCUGAAGCCCAUAAGUAUCACUAUUUCAGGCUUCCAUCUUCCAGUUCAAGUCAGUUCAGCAUUUCCUACUCCACUUCCUCUUGUCCACCCACUAACCUGGCAUCUCAUUCAUCGUGACCCCCAACAGUUUGUAAACAUGCACCCACAGGCUUCUCAGACUGCUUUCCCAGGCUCAACAGUACCUGUCUCUUGCUCUCUCCCAGCGGCACAGUGUUCUGCUUGAACACAUAGCAGCAGUCUGUAUUGGGAGAUUUACCGGUCAAAGAUAGUUUUAGUGCUAUUGAGAUGACAUGACCACUAAAGAUACAUAAAACUAGAAACAAAAUGGGGAAAUGGAAAAGAAGAAAUGAAGGGCCAAGCAUGGUGUUUAAUCCCAGCACUCAGGAGGAAGAGGCAGGUGGAUCUCUGUGAGUUUGAAGCCAACUUGGUCUACAGAGUGAGUUCCAAGACAACCGGGAAUAUGUAGAGAGACCCUGUCUAAAAAUAAAAAGGGAAAGGAAAGAAAGGAAGCAAACAGACUGUGAACAUUUCGCCCAAGUCUGGUUUGGUACUUGACAAUACCAAAUUUUAGUAGUUCCUAAUGAUAACCCUUUAAAAUAGACGCUCUUAUUCCUGCAGCCAGGGGCCAUGGGGCACGGAGAACUGAGAUGACUAGACCAGCAGCAUAGUGCUGGUAAGUGACUAGUGGAGAGUUUGCAUACCCUGCUGAAACUCCAGGUUGAUGGGUUUCCCGGGGAUGAAUCACUGUCCAUUCUUCUAGAAGUAGCAGACAAGACCUAGGAGAAAGCUAAACAAAGGCAGAGUGAGCUUCGAAGAUCUGCUCACCCUACAGUCCCAGAGGACAAACCAAGGUCUUCACUCCCCUCUUCCCACUGCUGGGGCACACCUGCAGUUCCAGGGGAGCCAUGGAGUUGGUAAAGAAUGAGCCCCAAUCGCUGCAAGGAGGGCCUCACCCUCCCUGGGGAAUGAUAUGG